GCGCGCGAUUUGGUUUCUGUUCUCGCGACCUGGAGUAAACAAGCUGCGCGUGCAGCCGCGGGUUUAGCGCGUUAUCUUUGAUCUUGUCUCUGAUCGAAAGUUUAUAAAUUAUUCUGUAUUAUAAAAUUCAAUUCGGCAGUGAACCAGGACGCGGUCAGGAUGGGGGAUGACACUCCCGAGAGGGAAAUGAAGGAUUUUCAGUUCCGUCAGAUGAAGAAAAUCCGUGUCUUCAACUCCCCUGAAGAUCUGCCACGGGAGCGCUCGAAUCUUCUCGCCGUCUCCAACAAAUUUGGACUGCUGUUCGCGGGCCAGGGCAGAACGCUCAAGGUGUACUUGACCAAUGACAUCAUUACCGCAGGAAGGGUCAGCGGAAACACCAACGAGAUAGGCGUGAAGUCCCAGACGCUGAUCCUCGACCUCCCCAUGCACCACCUGGCUCUCAGCAGCGAUGAGCUUACCCUGUCAGUGUGUGGCUCUAGCGAUGAAACCGCUCUCACGCUCGACUUCUAUGACGUCCGAACCUUUUUCAACACGACCAGACAGGACAAGCGUCCUUUCGCGUCCUUUAAAGCUAGCGGAGAGCCAGACACGUCGGUCCAGGAUCUGAAAUGGAGUCCCGUGGAAGUGUUCCGAGUCGCUGCUUGUCUCUCUGAUGGCAGCAUGAUGGUUCUGGACGUUACGGAGAAAGUCGUAGCGGUAGCUCAGCUUCCUGCGUCCGCUGGCAUCACCUCCGUUUGCUGGAGUCCUAAAGGGAAGCAGAUUGCUGUGGGGAAACAGGACGCCACCGUGGUUCAGUACACUCCUGUCCUGCAGGAGAAGAAGGUAAUCCCAUGCCCGAGUUUCUACACCUCUGACAAUCCCGUUAAAGUGUUGGACGUGUUAUGGUUAAGCACGUACAACUUCGCAGUGGUGUACGCGGCGGCCGACGGCUCUCCUGAGACUCCGCCCGAGCUCGUCAUGGUGUCACUUCCUAAGAAAGACGAGAAGAAAGAGGACAAGUUCCUGAACUUCAGCGAUAUCGUGUUCGGGUCAUGCACCGAGAGACAGCAUCACUACUUCCUUAACCACAUGGAGGACUGGGAUCUGAUCCUGGCCGCUUCGUCCGCUUCCAUCGAAGUCAGCAUCAUCGCCAAGCAAGAGGAUAAGACAAACUGGGAGCUGUGGCUGCUGGAGGACGCGAGCCGAGCCGAACUUCCCGUCACUCUGAACAACGAUGACACGCUUCCUGUGGGAGUGGCCAUCGAUUACACCAGCCAGGCUGAGAUCUACAUAUCGGACGAGAAGAAACUCCCUCCAGCUCCUACGCUACUGAUCCUCUCUACGGACGGAGUGUUGUGUCCUUUCUCCCUGAUCAACCUGAACCCCGGAGUUAAGCAGCUCGUCACAGCGGCCACCAGCCUGCCUCAGACUGGAGAGAGACCUCCGUUACAGAGUUCUGUGCCUCCACCUCCAGCCCCUGCUGCAUCCAAACCACCUCCAUCCGUUUUUACGUCCUUCUCAAUGCCCUCCAUCACACCUGCCCCGACUUCUGCCCCUCCUGCUCCUUCAGCCGCUUUAGCAGCUCCAACGGCUCCAACCACUUCCUCCUCUGGUCUUUCCUUCAGUCUUCCCUCUACCGCUUCCUCUCUCUUCUCCUUCGGUGGCACUUCUUCCACUUCUUUAGCUUUUCCCUCUGCGUCAGGCUUCUCCUUCAUGGCUCCGAAACCUGCAGGCGAGGCGCCCUCUGUCCCUGCGUUUUCUUUUAGCAGUAACGUUGUUAAACCGUCGACGGAGGGAUUGAACACCUCAGGACAGGUUGCUACUGCUGCACCUGCACCUAAAGCUUCUCCCAUUACUUUGCCGAAGGGUCCACCUGAGCUGGCCACACCGAACGCUCGAAUCAACCUCAACGACAGGUUUAUAGCAGCGGAGACUCACGCUCCAUCUGCUCCAUCUACCCAGCCAUUUUCCUUUACCUCCACUCCCAAACCUGCAGCAGCUCCAGACUCGAGCACUCAGCCCAAACCAGUGUUCACCAUCAGCAAACCUGCUGCACCACCCACUGUGACCCGUCCUGCCCCUGCUCAGAACAGCACUCCAUCUGCUGCAGUGCAGAAAACUGCCCGGAUCACUCCAACAGCUUCAUCCACCCUAUCAGCUGCCCCUACAACACAGCCCCCCUCUGUGAAAUCAGUGGAGAAACAGCUGCAGCAGGCGAAGGACACUGAUCCUGUCAUGGUUGGAAUGCAGGAAGAGAUCGCUCAUUUCAAGAAGGAGAUGGAGGAGCUAAAGGCACGUGUGAAUGCAGCAGAUUUCUGUGUAGGCAGCACAGAGGAGAUGAAGGAGCUGCGCAAAGAGAGUGAAGACCUGCACAGGUUCACUUUGGAGAUCAAGGAGACCACAGAGUCUAUGCACGGUGACAUCAGCACUCUGAAGACCACGCUGCUGGAAGGUUUCGCCGGAGCAGAAGAAGCCCAAGCUCAGAGAGAACUGAAUCGAGACAAAGGGUACCUGCAGCUACUCUACAAGAAACCUCUGGACCCUCGCAGUGAGAACCAGCUCAAGGAAAUCCGCAGGCUGUACCAGUAUGUGAAGUUUGCUGUGGAGGACGUUAAUGACGUGUUGGACCUGGAGUGGGAAAAACAUCUGGAGAAGAAAAGAAAACAGAAAUACAUGAUAGUCCCUGAGAGAGAGGCUCUUUACACAGCUCUGGCCAAUAACAUGGACAUCAUCAACCAGCAGAAACAGAAGCUGGAGCAUCUAGUGAGAGACCUGCAGAGCCUGAGACUGUACAACAAAACCUCCAGCCAGAUCUCAUCCACCUCCUCACCAUCACCUUCAAUAUCCUCACAGGGUCUGGAUAGUGAGCUGGAGAGUCUGAAGAAUGCUUUGUUAAAGGCGAGUCUGGAUACGACACUGAGCUCUACGUCCAAAUCUCCAUCUAAGAUGACACCAGUGAAGCAGUCUCAGCUGAGGAACUUCCUUUCCAAGCGCCAGACUCUACCUGUACGCUCCACAGCUCCAGCCAACCUGUCGAGAUCAGCAUUCCUCUCCCCCAAAUACUUCGAGGAUCUGGAUGACGUGAGCUCCACCUCAUCACUCUAUCAGCCCGAGGAGUGUGAAGAAUCUCUGCCUGAGGAAGAGGAAGUGCCCCAGCCCGUCCUGGCCCCUCUGCGGCACCCCACCGUAGUGCGCACUACGUCCGUCCUGCCUCGAGCCAUCCCCGAAUCGACAGCAGUUUUCCCUGGAUCUCUGCCGUGGCAGGGGAACGGCACCGGCGCUCGCGUUCCAAAGAUAAACAUGGACAGCGCCGACAGCACAGCACUCGCCACCAAGACAGUGACACACAGACCUUCUCCUCCUACAGAAAAAACCACGCCUCUCGAGAAGACAACACCCACCACUCUACCCCCGGCCCAGGCUGCCGGAAGAGCCGCUUUAAACCGACACACGAACAGCCAGAAAACAAUGACCAAUCUGACUGAACUCACACUGAAGAACGUGCCUCAGGUUGUGAACGUACAGGAGCUAAAGGAGAACGGAUCCUCCAUACCUGUUUCUACUGACGCAGACUCCUCUAUGUCUUCAUCUGCAAAUCAAACCUUCCAGCAGGUCAUCGCCGUCGAGGCCAAAAAAAAUUCCACCCAGAGUGCAGUGAAGGUUCAACCCCCGGUCACUGAGAGCGCCCCGGCCCAACCAGGCUUUGUGUUCAGUCAGCUAACCAAAUCUUACCCAGCUGCUCCGUUCAGCUUGUCGCCAUCACUGGACCAGCAGAACAACAAAACAGUAUCAUCCGUAGGAUUCCCCUUCAACCUGAGGACCACUUCAUCUCAGUCUCCAGUAUCUCAGGGAGCAAGCACUUCUCAAAGUAUGACCCAGUUGGCUAAAAUCCCACAGAAACCUGCCCCAAGCUCGAUGGUUGAAUCAGGCAAGAGCACCACCAUUCCUCCGUUUCAGCUUCCCAAAGCUCAAGAAGACUCUCUCGGCCCCUUCCUCAGUCUCCGAGUCGGCCAAGGAGACGAGGUUAAAGAACCCCCUAAAUCCAGUGCGACGUUCUCCUUCAAGCCUCCUGGAAGCACAGUUCCUGGCACCACGUUCAAUUUCGGAACCCCAGAAAUCCGCCUCUGCUGGAAUGACCCAGAAUCUGGCAGUGCUUCAGCUGAUGCAUCUAAAAUCCCAGGACUUUUUAAGCCUCCCGAGGCUGCGGCAUCAUCACUGACCAGCACGCCGUUAUCGUUUACGUCUGCGUCGGUGGCCUCAGUGCCCUCCUUCAGCUCCUUGCUUUCGGCUCCUCUUUCUCAAGAAAUGCCCUCUGUAACCGAGAAACCUCCUGAACCCAAACCUCCUUCUCCACCAGAAUCUGCCACAACACCCGAAGAACCUCUUUCUGAGCCGAGUCCUGAACCUUUCGCUGUCUCAACACCAACGCCGUCUUCAGCAUUCGUUACAGAAGAAGCUCCACCUUCACAACCCAAGCAAGAAGAGGCAGAGAAUCUGUCGACCCAAAAUGAGUCUGUUCCUCAGGCCACGCCCACAUCUACGGCUUUGUCAACUCCGCCUCCUGCUGAAACGCCUGUGCCAUUAACGGCGUCAAAGCCUGUCCAGGAAACAACACCAGCUUCUACAGCCAGCUCUGCUCCUGUACAACCUGCACCACAACAGCAACAACCAACACCUGCAGCAGAACCAGCGGCUCCACCUUCUACCACUCCAGGUUCCAUCUUCACCCAGCCAACCGUGAGCUUGAACAGUACAACGAUAUCAACCACCAGCUUUACCCCCGUCAUCAGUACAGCAGGUGUAAGUACAUCUGCUUCAGUUCCAACUACAGUGUUUACUCAGGCGGUCAGCACUUCCUCCGCUCCUGUGUUUGGAUCUUCAGGAUUCUCCACACCUUCCACCACUUCCAGUUUCGGUAAACCUGUUUUUGGACAGCCAUCAUCGGUGGGAUUCCCCUCAGCCAGCGGCUUCACGUUUGGCCAGUCAGGGUUUGGGGGCAGCCCCGGGUUUGGGCAGCCGGAUGCACAGAGCUCAGCUCCUGCCCCGGUGUCCAGCAGCGGAGGAGUAAGUGCAGGAGGAGGAGGGCUGUUCGGGUCGGUUAGCGCCACCAACGCCAGCUCCUUCUCGUUCGGGUCGAGCGGUACCAGCUCUGGAGCCAACACCGGGGCGAGCCUCUUCGGACAGAGCAGCGCUCCUGUGUUCGGACAGAGCAGCAGCACCUCAGGGUUUGGACAGGGGUCAUUAUUCGGAGCCAACACGGUCACCACGACAUCGGCUUCAGGGUUCAGUUUCGGACAGCCUGCUGUGCCGUUUGGCAGCUCGUCGUCGUCCGUGUUCGGUCAGCAGCAGAGCACCAACAGCGUCUUCGGUCAGCCGGCAUCCGGCGGAAGUUUGUUCGGCUCUGCGGCCCCCAACACCCCCAGCGCCUCAGGCGGAGGAUUUUUCAGCGGCUUGGGAGGAAAACCGAGCGAAGACGCUGCCAACAAAAACCCGUUCGGAUCCUCCAACACUGGUGCUUUCGGACAAAACAGUCAACCAGGAAGUAACCUGUUUGGGAACAGCGGAGCGAAGGCGUUCGGGUUUGGCGGAGGUUCGACGUUCGGAGACCAGAAGUCCGGUGGGACGUUCAGCGCUAGAGGAGGUUCUGUAGCUGCUCAGGGGUUCGGAUCGUUCUCUACUCCCUCUAAAACAGGUGGGUUUGGAAGCCCCCCGGUGUUCGGAAGUCCUCCUGCCUUCGGAGGAUCUCCUGCGUUCGGCGGUCAGGCCACAUUCGGCUCGAGUCUGACCUUCAACAGUCCUCUGGGCUCCAGCACGGGGAAAGUGUUCGGAGAGGGAACAUCAGCAGCCAGCGUUGGAGGAUUCGGUUUUGCGUCUCCCCCCAGCGGCCCCACCUUCGGCAGUCUGGCCAAUCAAAACAGCGCACCGACCUUUGGUGGUUUGGCUCAGCAGAACCCAGGAUUCGGAGGCCAGACCGGUGGAUUCUCAGGCUUCGGUUCUCCCGGAGGUUUUGGGGGCUUCGGGAAUACGAAUACCAAUCAGUCAUCAUCUCAGACUUUUGCUGGUUGGAGGAGCUAGUUGCUGGAGAAUCUGCUGUUCUCCUUCUCUGCAAUUAAAUUGAACAAAAAAAAAUGCUCUCAAGUGUUUUACAGUCUGAAAUCUCUCUUCUUCAAACGUUCAUCAUGAGCACCAGGUUCCUCAGCAAAGCCCAGGACAAUACUGACUUUCUCCAAACACUGACUUUCAACAAUUCCCAUUAAAGACCAACAUUUACCAUCAAAACAUCAUUCCAAUCAUGCCAAUGUUCUCCAUUUAAACCCAAUGCAACACCAAUAUUCACCAUUAAAUUACCAACAAAAUCCAACGUUCUCCAAUAGAACACCAACAUUCUCCUUGAAAAUACCAUCUAAAUCCAACAUUCUUUAUUAGAACCCAAUAAAAUACCAUAAUGUUCCAAUAAAAUCCAUCGCAACACCAAUAUUCACCAUGAAAAUGGCAACGAAAUUCAACAUUCACUAUUAAAACCCUGUGAAACACCAACAUUUCUCCAUUAAAAUGCCAUUAAAAUCCAAUGUUCUCCAUGAAAACCCACUGAAACGCCAACAUUCUUUAAAAAAAAAAAACUAUAUAAAAAAUAUAUUUCAUAAAAGGUCAGUGGUUUCCCUUCAACCACCACCAGUCCAGUCAGGAACACCAGCAUGUGUCACACCCCCAGGGCUUCAUGCUCAGAUGUUCACUUCUCCAUGAACUGUUCUGAAGGUCAGUGUGGGGACUGAGAUGCUUCUCGCUUCCUCAUACAGACCUGAUGUGCUUUUAUUUUCCAUGAAGAUUUGUGAUACUUGUGAAAUGAAGUUAUUUUAUACGCCACAUGGAUUCUGAGUAAAUGAUGAGUAACUUUCGAAGGUCUGUUUGGCGACACGUGGAUCAGAUACGCUUCAAAUAAAACGAGAAAAAAAACA